GACUGGAGAGCUGCGGUGGGGAGGGGUCAGCUGCGGCCACGUGAGGGCCAGGGCCAGGCCUCAGUGGCCACCCCUCUCUGGCUGCCCAGGCUGCAUCCACACAGAAGAUUCCAUGGCUUUCCAUAAAAGAGAGUGGGAGAAUGUCCUCUCUAAAGGCCUGGGGAGUGCCUGGGGAGAGGAGACAGCCUCACCCGGGGCUCACCAACCAGCAGCUGCCAGCCAGGCCAGCAAUGCCAAGGCACCCGGCGUUCCUGGAAGCCAACCCCUGUUUGAUCUAAUGGGGCAGCUGUGGGUGCAGACCUAGAUAAAGAGAUAAACCCAGACCCAGAAACCUGGGGGAGGAGAGCUUCAGUGUCCGUUGGAUUUUUCCAAGAGAAAGUUCGUGGAGUUCCUUACACUGUAGAUGUGGAUCAGAUAUGAUGAUUCAGUAGAAGAGCACAUGUCAGGGGCAGUGGAGGCUGGCUGCUGAAGGAUGAACGGAGAGGAAGAAUUCUUUGAUGCCGUCACAGGCUUUGAUUCUGAUAACUCUUCUGGGGAAUUUUCAGAGGCACAUCAGAAAGUCACGGGAAUGAUUGACUUGGACACCAGCAAAAAUAAUAGGAUUGGGAAAAUUGGGGAGAGGCCCUCUCAAGAGAAUGGAAUUCAGAAACACAGGACGUCACUGCCGGCUCCCAUGUUCAGCAGAAGUGAUUUCAGCGUGUGGACCAUUCUAAAGAAGUGUGUCGGCCUGGAGCUGUCCAAGAUCACGAUGCCAAUCGCCUUCAACGAGCCUCUGAGCUUCCUGCAGCGGAUCACAGAGUACAUGGAGCACGUGUACCUCAUCCACAGGGCCUCCUGCCAGCCCCAGCCCCUGGAGAGGAUGCAGUCUGUGGCUGCUUUUGCUGUUUCGGCCGUGGCUUCCCAGUGGGAGAGGACCGGCAAACCAUUUAAUCCACUCCUGGGAGAAACGUAUGAAUUAAUCAGGGAAGAUUUAGGAUUCAGAUUUAUAUCGGAACAGGUCAGUCACCAUCCCCCCAUCAGUGCGUUCCACUCGGAAGGCCUCAACCAUGACUUCCUGUUCCACGGCUCCAUCUACCCCAAGCUCAAGUUCUGGGGCAAAAGCGUGGAGGCGGAGCCCCGAGGCACCAUCACACUGGAGCUGCUCAAACAUAACGAAGCCUACACCUGGACCAACCCCACCUGCUGUGUCCACAACGUCAUCAUCGGGAAGCUGUGGAUAGAGCAGUAUGGGACAGUGGAGAUUUUAAACCACAGAACUGGACAUAAGUGUGUGCUUCACUUUAAACCGUGUGGAUUAUUCGGAAAAGAACUUCACAAGGUGGAAGGACACAUUCAAGACAAAAACAAAAAGAAGCUCUUUGUGAUCUAUGGCAAAUGGACGGAAUGUUUGUGGGGCAUAGAUCCCGUUUCAUAUGAAUCCUUCAAGAAGCAGGAGAGGAGAGGCGACCACCUGAGAAAGGCCAAGCUGGAUGACAGCUCUGGGAAGGCUGACAGCGAUGUGGCUGACGACGUGCCUGUGGCCCAGGAGACCGUGCAGGUCAUUCCCGGCAGCAAGCUGCUCUGGAGGAUCAACACCCGGCCCCCCAACUCUGCCCAGAUGUAUAAUUUCACCAGUUUCACUGUGAGCCUCAACGAGCUGGAGACAGGCAUGGAGAAGACCCUGCCGCCUACGGACUGCCGCCUGCGCCCUGACAUCCGCGGCAUGGAGAAUGGCAACAUGGAUCUGGCCAGCCAGGAGAAGGAGCGGCUGGAGGAGAAACAGAGAGAAGCGCGGAGGGAGCGGGCCAGGGAGGAGGCGGAGUGGCAGACGAGGUGGUUCUACCCAGGCAAUAACCCCUACACUGGGACCCCCGACUGGUUGUAUGCAGGGGAUUACUUUGAGCGGAAUUUCUCCGACUGCCCAGAUAUCUACUGAGGGCCUGGAGGGGCCUGGGGCCCGGGACUGGAGGCUGACGAGGCUGGACUUCCUCGAGUGGCCACUCUGAGCCUCGUCACAGCAGAAACCAACUUUUCUAACGACUGUGUUCGCGGCGACAGCACCGUCCCUGAUCAAGGAUGUAAUUCUAAUUCACUGUUGAUUGCCAAACAUUUCACUCUGCUGUGCCGUCUCUUCAUAAAGCUUCACUUGGGAUCAUCGUCUUCAUUAAGGUUUCAACAGGGAAAUUCUUCACAGCGCCCUUGUAUGUGGCAGAAAUCAGCUGGGGCUUGUUUAGCUUCCAGCUCACUCUCAGUCAUAGAAUGUGUAGCUAAAGGAAGUAGUGGGAAGGGGUUCAUGUUCUCCUUACAAUGCAGUGGCAAAAGGUUCCGAAAGUCUUUUAAACUCGAACCAGUGGGGGAAAGAUGGAUCUUGAAAAUAACCCUGCAGAGAGCUUGAUAAAGGCCAGGGGUUGCCUUCUAAAUUAUGGUAAUACAGAAGUGAAGAGUUUCAGAGCAUCAGAUUGAGUGAACAGUUGUCAGAUUCUGUAUUUUUUAACAAUCUUCAAUAAUGUAAAGAUUACUUUUAAAAUAUUUAAGUUAAAACUACUUGAAUAGUAUUUUGCUGAAGAGCAAGAUAUGCAUUAAUCACCGGUUUUAUACUGUCCAAAAUGAAGCAUCACCGUGACAACCCAGAGUGGGCAGAAGCAUCAAGAGCAUGACAGGAAAUCCUAAGACUGCUCCCGCCUCAGAGGCGUCCUGGCUCCAACUUGCGUGCCCUGUCGUCAGUGAGGCCUGGCUGUCACCGCACACCAUGUCUAUGUCUUCAAGGGGUUCAUUUCUUUUUACACGUCGCGUGUACCCAUAGCACUCUUGUGUUUCUGUUUUCCCAGUAUGCAUGUUUAAAAUAGAAGUGACAAGAAUCACAUCCGGUUGUGUGCUGUGGGACGGUCAGAGGCAGAAUCUACUUACAGUGGUGUAAUUAAAGUUAUUUAACCAAAAAUAGGUAUGUGUCCAUCUCAGCAUUCACCUUUAUCAAGUGACUGAUUUUCUUUCUUUUUUUUUUCUUUUUUUUGAGAUGGAGUUUCGUUCUUGUUGCCCAGGCUGGAGUGCAAUGGCACGAUCUCGGCUCACCGCAACCUCCGCCUCCUGGGUUCAAGCGAUUCUCCUGCCUCAGCCUCCUGAGUAGCUGGGAUUACAGGCAUGCGCCACCACGCCUGGCUAAUUUUGUAUUUUUAGUAGACAUGGGGUUUCACCAUGUUAGGCUGGUCUCGAACUCCCAACCUCAAGUAAUCUGCCUCAACCUCCCAAAGUGCUAGGAUUACAGGCAUGAGCCACUGCGCCUGGCCGUGACUGAUUUUCUUUAUGUAGAAUUGUCAACACGAGAGAUCACAGUGGAGCACUUUGAAUGAAGGACUGUCGGUUGUGUGCAUGCACACACACUCAACGCACAGCUGCUUGGAGUCCAGGUUACUAAGGCCGGCACUUCUGAAUGACAGGUGCCACCUGCGUGUGUCUUGGUUUCCACACCACACCUGUGAUGGAAGCACUUCUAGAAGUGAACAUGUGUUUUGAAAGCUUGAUUUUGUAGCUUUGGAAGCUGGAAGCGAUGGUGUUUGGUGCCAAGUCCUGUGUGGCUUUGGAAGCUGGAAGCGAUGGUGUUUGGUGCUGAGUCCUGUGUGGCUUUGGAAGUUGGAAGCAGUGGUGUUCGGUGCCGAGUCCUGUGUCAUCCUUGGGACCUGCGAGCUCCGUACCAGCCACUCAGAAGUGUCUGAACAGAAGCACUUGGUGACUUGUAACUGGGUCUGAGGAUUUAGGAUUGUGGCAUUUUUCAAAGAGGAGACUUGGAAAUCCCCAAUGGCUGGAAGGUGGAGCCCAUGUGCCUCUGGUGGAGGGCUACCUGCUUUUCCACACUGCGGCUGUGAACCAGCUCAUUCUCCAAGAAAGAUUAAAAGCUGAGAACAUCCAAAGGUGAGACUCAGACACAUUGAAAGUUACUGCAUUUAGGGAAGUUUAACGACUUCUUACUGAUCGUUCCAAUUCUUCCUGGUUAAGAUAAUUUGCCAACAGGUUUGUUUCCAAGUCCUCUCCCAGCACCAGGCUCCUGGUAUUUCAGGGGCUCGUUGGCUGCAUAGAUGGCCCCUCUUCUGCUGCCCCUGAGCACAGACACCAAACCAGAGGUGGAGGAAGAACGGUAGGAAGGCUGAUUGCAAAGGCAGCUGUGUGUCAAAGGUUAUUUUAACUUUUUAUUAUUUGUUAUUGUUUCUGCAAAUGCUAACACGUAAACUAUGACCUAACUUUUGUCACCUUUGAUAUCUAUUGAAUGUUAAACAUCUCUAUUUAAUAAAGAUGGCCAGCACUUAAUGUGUGCAAAGUGAUGGCCUUCUCGUGG